AGAGCGACGGUGGAAACUUAGAUAUGUUUCCUCAUAUUUUGCUUCUUUUCUCUGUUUCAUUAGGCUCCUCUUUGUCCAUGAACACAGACACCAUCUUGCCCGGCGAGUUUCUCUCCAGAAACCGGACAUUAAUCUCUCGAGGAGGAACAUUUAAGAUGGGCUUCUUUUCACCAGGUAACACUGGUAACUACUAUGUUGGCAUUUGGUACAAAGGAUUACCUCAAAAGACUCUGGUUUGGGUCGCAAAUAGGAACCAUCCAGUGUCCGACCCAUUCUCCUCAGAGUUGAAGCUCCUCUGGGACGGUAAUUUAGUCAUACUCGCUUCAUCCAAGCGUCAAAUCUGGUCGACUGGUUCGACAUCACUCAUGCCUAAUUCGACUUCAGGAGUGCUCCUUGACAAUGGAAACUUCAUUUUAAGGAAGACAUCCGAUGUGUCUAGUGUAGUUUGGCAGAGUUUUGAUCAUCCCACUGAUACGUGGUUGCCAGGUGCCAAGUUUAAAUUCAACACUUCCGAAAAGACAGUUCUGGUGGCGUGGAGAAAUUUAAAUGAUCCAACUUCCGGAAUAUUCUCUACAUCCAUGGGAGCAGAAGGAGCUCUUUCGCUAUUUAACAGGUCGGAAGCCUACUGGAUUGGUGGCGACUGGACUGGGGACGAUUACAGGCGUCGGUCUUCACUGACAGUAGAAAACGUGAUAAACUACACCUUUGUUUCGAAUGAGAAUGAGAGUUUCUCCAAAUAUUCCGCAAUUGCUCCUUAUAAUCUUUCUAGGAUUGUAAUUGAACCAACGGGGCUGCUCAAGCAGUUAGUAUGGGCAAAGAAUAUCCAGGAAUGGAAAGUGCUUUGGGCAUACCCAACACAAAAGUGUGAGAUUUACCCCUUUUGUGGUGCUGCUUCUAACUGCAAUCAGAGUGAUGCACCGCUUUGUGAUUGUGCUCUUGGAUCCUCAGAUGAUCUGAAGCCAGAAGAUCAUCCGGGCCAAUGCAAUAGGAGAAACGCGUCGAAAUGUAGUGGAGACAGGAAAGAUAUUUUUUUCCUCAUGACUCGUACACAAUUGCCAAAUAAUUAUGAUUCGCUUGUGGUGGAAAACAUUGAUGCAUGCAGGUUAUUGUGCUUGAGCAACUGUUCGUGCAGUGCAUUCGCUUACACUGCUAACUGUCGGAUAUGGACGGAUGAGAGAUUUUUAGUUCAACGUUCAGCCAAUGAUGGAGUAUUUAAAGAUUUCUAUGUCCGGAUCGCGGUGUUGGAUUGGAAGGAGGAGAUUAAGAAAAAGGGGAAACCCAGUUUGAAAUUCAUAGCAGCAGUUGUUGUGUCCUUAGCUUUUCUCGUGCUCCUUAGUGUGUCGCUGGUUACUAUUUGGACAAGACCGUCUGCUACUGCAGUGGACGAUCAUUUGCUGCAUUUUGAAUAUCGAGUUCUGAAGAAGGCAACAAAGAACUUCUCUGAGAAAAUUGGGGAAGGCGGGUUUAGUUCUGUUUUCCGGGGAGCACUGCCAGACUCAACUCCUAUAGCAGUGAAGAAACUUGCAAACCAAAACACGAGUAACAAACAGUUCCUUGCCGAAGUUAGAACUAUUGGAAUGAUACAGCACGUCAAUGUGGUUCGACUUCGCGGUUUUUGUGCAGACAAGUCGAAGAGGUUCCUAGUUUAUGAGUACCAAAAUGGUUCGCUUGCAGCUCAUUUGUUUCAGAAAGGUUCCAACGCCCUUGAUUGGAAAACCAGAUACGGCAUUGCCAUUGGGAUUGCUAAAGGAUUGGGGUACCUCCACGAGAGGUGUCGAGAUCGCAUUAUACACUGCGACAUCAAGCCUGAGAAUAUACUGUUGAAUUCAGAACUCGCGCCACAGAUUGCUGAUUUUGGCCUCGCAAAGCUCCUGGGACGGGAUGUCAGCUGCGUAAUUACCACCAUGAGGGGAACCAGAGGGUACCUCGCACCAGAAUGGAUUUCAGGAGGAGCCAUCACGUCGAAAGUCGAUGUUUUUAGCUAUGGAAAGCUGCUCUUUGAGAUCAUAUCAGGAAAGAGAAACAUUGAGGAGCUGAAUAGUGAUAUGCGCGAUUAUCUACCGCUUCAGGUAGCUAAGUCAAUAGCCAAAGGAGAAGAAGUCUUGCCACUUGUGGACCGCCGAUUGGAAGGACUAGUGGAGAUGGAAGAAUUGUGCAGAGCAUGCAAAGUGGCUUGUUGGUGCAUUCAAGACAGCGAGAAAGAUAGACCGACCAUGUCUCAGGUAGUUCAUAUUUUGGAGGGGGUUAUGGCAGUAGAAAAGCCUCCAAUCCCAAGAAUUUUGUUGAAACUGGUAGGAAGUGAUGAGAUUGAGGCAUAAAACAAAGCGCUAUGUCCUGUGUGAUAAUUCAUGGGCAUCAUGUAGCCCCCAAUUCAUCCUCCUUUGACUUUCCACAGUUACAGCUGAUUUGUAAUAUAAAGACUCAACUAUGUACUUCUACAUCUAUGUACUUCUCCUCUUGUUCAGUUACAGUUAUGUACCUCUUUGA